AUGGCUUCUGAUGGAGAUAGGAUAUCAACCAGAGCAAUGACAAUAGCGGUAGUAGGUGCCGGGCCUUCAGGUGUGAUUGCAGCAAAGUACUUGAGAGCCGAGAAGGUAUUUGAAAAGAUUGUCUUGUUCGAACAGAGAAGUCGACCUGGGGGGAUAUGGAUCUACACUGGCGAGCAGCGAGACGAAAACCUCUUCGACGUACCCCAGACCAACCCGAACAAGGACUUUCAGAAACCAGAAUGGCAGCCUAAAGAAAAGGUUACAAACGGGGAUGUUAAUACAAAUGGCGCCGACAACGCAUCCAAGACUCCCUCUUUCUUAUCGCCAAUAUACGAAACACUGGAAACCAACAUCCCACGUGGACUAAUGAGUUUUCAAGACCUCAACUGGCCAUCCGACAGCCAACUCUUCCCUACCCACGAAACAGUCCUAAAAUACGUCGAAGACUACUCCGCCGACGUCCAAGAUCUAGUCCAAUACUGCACUCAAGUCACCAACGUCAUUCCCACCGACCCAACCAACCCCACCAGCCCAUGGGCCGUCACAACAAAAAACCUCCUGACUAACGAGUCCAUCUCCGAAAUCUACGACGCAGUUAUAGUAGCAAACGGUCACUUCAUCGUCCCCUCUAUCCCCUCCAUCCCCGGUAUCCAAGACUGGGCAGCCCAACACCCAGGUCGAAUCACGCACUCAAAAUACUACCGUCGCGCCUCAGACUUUGCCUCAAAGAAAGUAAUCGUAAUCGGCAACUCCGCCUCAGGCGCCGAUAUCAGCGCUCAGAUCGCCUCCGCCUGCACCCUCCCCCUCCUCUGGUCCACCCGCUCCCAAUCCCUCUUCAGCACAACCCACGGCGCCGCUUCAGCCGAUCAGCGACGCCGCGAAGUACCCCCUAUAGCCCGUUUCCUACCGUCAACCCGCGGCGUAGAAUUUGCAGACGGAUCUCAAGCCCACGACAUCGACGCCAUUGUCUUCGCCACUGGCUAUUUUUACAGCUUACCGUUCUUGGAAUCCGUGGAGCCAAAACUGAUCACAACGGGUGAAAAGGUAAAUCAUACAUAUCAGCACUUAUUCUACGCACCUAGACCUAGUCUGUCUUUCCUAGCGCUAAAUCAGCGAGUAAUCCCUUUUCCCAUCGCAGAAGCCCAGGCUGCGGUGCUGGCGCGCGUGUAUGCUGGUCGUCUUGAUUUACCUUCCAUCGCUACCAUGCGCGCGUGGGAAGAAAGUGUAGAAGAAGAGAUGGGCGCAGGACGCAAUUUCCAUCUCCUGAAUUUCCCGAAGGACGGGAAGUAUAUUAAUGAGAUGAGUGCUUGGGCGGCGCAGGCGGAGGAGAAAGAUGGGUUGGAAGACGGAGGGAAAGGAAAGAAGCCCCCGGUUUGGGGAGAGUGGCAAUUUUGGUGCCGUGAGCAUUUCCCAAAGAUUAGACAGGCGUUUGGGGCUAAGGGUGAGGAAAGGAAAGAGGUUAGGACCUUGGAGGAGUUGGGAUUUGUGUUUGAAGAAGAUAGAGUGAAGGAGAAAGAUGUAUAG